AUGAGGACCCCCUCCUUCUCCUCUUCCCCACGCCCCGCCGGCGCGUGCCCGCACGCGCCCGCCGUGGCUGCGUCCGGCCGCCCUCGCUCCGCCCCGCCGCUGCAGUCCCAUCGCCUGCCCCGCACCCCCCUGUCCAGCGCGCAUUCGCCGCGGUCGCCGCGCCCCGCGCGCGCUCGGCCGCGCUCGUCGCCGCACCGUCCCGCUGCUCCCUCGUCCCGUCCGCACUCACCGCGCGGUGCCGUCGCUGCGGGCGGCGCACCCCCUCCCCCGGCUCCCCCUGCGACCACGCGCGCCCGCCGUGGCCGCGCUCGGCCACUUCCUCCGCCCCGCACGGCGCUCGCCGCCGCGCUCACCGCCUCCACCACCGCGCCCCACGGCCCCCCUCCGUUCUCCCUCACCACUGCUACGGCUUGUGCGCCCCACCCUCGGCCCCGUCGCCGCUUCGACCUGGGGGCCACGCCGUGCCGCCCCCGCGUGCUGGUCGCCGCUCGGGCUUGA